AUGGCAGAAGCUUCUGUUCCUCAAGAUCUUUCGUCUUAUGAGUACGAACCUUCCUGUCCUUUGCCCAGUGGAAGAGAAGCCAGGGACCACGUUAUAAGCAAAGGACCUUGCCAGCCAAGAGAUAUAAAUUUUCCUUUGGAUAACCGGAAUCGUAAGUUUCUAGUAUCGUGGUAUGAGAAAUUUCCUUGGUUAGAGUAUUCUGUCUCGUUGGAUAAAGCUUUUUGUUUCGUCUGCAGAGUGUUCAACGCACAGGUGAGUUAAUUGUGUGAUUUGCGCUUUAAUUAUUUUCCUAAGUUAGUCCUAACCUUGUUAAGUUGUUUACACUUAUUGCGUACCGUUUAAUUUGCAAUUAUACAUGGACCAUGGCCCUGGUAGUGUUUAAUUAUAUAUCAAAAUGCGAUGUGUAAUACUCAAUACUGUUGUUUUAAAUAAUUACUAAUUAUCGCAAAAGUAUGAAAAGUUCCACAAACAAACUAUAAUUCAUCCUCUCUGUAUCGUCAAAUAGUUGAUAUGUAUUAUAAAAAUACAAGAAACGCUUCUUAUAUUAUGACAACGUAAAACAAUGACAUUUGUCUUCUUUGCAUGCAGACGUCGUCAAGGAGUGAACCUACCUUCAUCAAAACUGGUUUUAGUAACUGGAAAAAGAGCGAAGUCUUCGCAAAGCACGAGAAGUCAGAUUGCCACAAGCAUUCACUUCAAGCUCAUCGUCACUGGAAAUCCCAGAAGCCAAUACAUCAUCAAAUAGACGAAGAAAAUGAGAGACAAGAGUCAUAUCGUCAACAAAAUGUACGUAUUGCCAUUUGCCAAAUAUAUAUAACUUUGACAGGCCAUCUGUGCACAACAUUACAGACGAAGUAAGCGUGUGAAAACGCCAGUUUUGCAUAAAAAUGUCGGUGAUAUGGUGGUAAUCCUGGUAAUACGUUUAUUCCUAAGAAACAAUUGAGUGACGCGUAUAAAGUUAACACAGUUAGGAUUUUUUAAAAAUUGUAUCCUUUUAUUUUCAGGUAAAAAAGAACCGAACUGUAAUUGGUAAGAUCAUUGAUGUUGUUCGACUUCUUGGAAAACUGAAUUUACCAUUUAGGGGACACCGCGAGGAUAAGAAUUCUUUAAACAAAGGGGUGUUUAAAGAAUUUCUUGAACAUAUAGCAAAGUCUGAUUCUCUUAUUGAAGAUCAUUUACGAAAUUCUGCAGGUAACUAUAUCAUUCACUGGUUCAGUAACGUUAAGGUUACUACGAAUUUUCGGUGGAAUAUAGGGAUAUAUGAAACUGCAUGAUAAUAGAAUGGAAUAAGGAAUAAUAAAGAUAAACUGAAGUCGUAAUUAUGAUAAUUCUGUAAUUAUUUCUUUUUAUCGAUUUCAGAAAACGCUAAAUACACUAGCCCUGAGAUCCAAAAUCAGUUGAUCAAGGUGGUUGGUUCAGCUAUAUUAGACGACAUCAUACGUCGUGUCAAAGGAGCCGAGAUGUAUGCAAUCAUUGCAGAUGAGACACCAGAUCUUAGUAAAACGGAACAGUUAGCUGUACUUGUUCGCUAUGUCUGGAAUGGAGUGAUAGAAGAACGUCUUUUAGCUGUAGAACCUAUGGAAGAAACCACAGCUGAAGCGCUUUUCCAUACCAUCCGAGAGAAAUUACAACAGUGUGGGAUAGAAUUUUCAAACAUGCGUGGACAAUGUUAUGAUGGUGCAAGUAACGUGUCUGGAAUCCAUACCGGACUGCAAGCACGCAUCAAAGAGAUUUCCCGUCAGCAAUUUACACACAUUGCUAUGCUCAUGUUUUAA